CGAUAAAUGCAGAGUUCUGGAUAUAAAAUCAAGAAUUGAUCUGUUAUUUAGAAAUUAUUAUACUAUUUAGUUAGUAAUUAUUGCCUUAGGAAAAAAGAAAGAAAUUAAUAUUUUUAUAAUAAGUAAAUUUUUAUAAUGACAGAAAAAGUGCGGAGAUAUGAAAAAAUUGAUUUUUUGGGAGAAGGACAGUUUGCCACUGUUUACAAAGCCAAGGAUAUAGAAACAAAUACAAUUGUAGCAGUGAAAAAGAUUAAAGUAGGAAGUCGUGCAGAAGCCAGAGAUGGCAUUAAUAGAACUGCUUUACGAGAAAUCAAACUAUUACAAGAGUUGAAACAUGACAACAUCAUUGGUUUGUUAGAUGUUUUUGGUCAUAAAUCAAAUGUGUCUUUGGUGUUUGACUUUAUGGACACAGACUUGGAAGUGAUAAUAAAGGACAUCAAUAUAGUUUUAACCACAGCUAAUAUUAAGGCUUACAUGAUCCAAACUUUGCAGGGUCUUGAUUAUCUUCACUGUAAUUGGAUUCUUCACAGAGAUCUGAAACCCAAUAAUUUACUGGUAAAUUCAAAAGGUGUUCUAAAAAUAGGAGACUUUGGAUUAGCAAAAUUUCACGGAUCGCCCAGCCGGAUAAAUACUCAUCAAGUAGUCACAAGGUGGUACAGAGCACCUGAGUUACUUUACGGUGCUAGACAGUAUGGAAACGCGAUCGAUAUGUGGGCAGUAGGCUGUAUACUGGCUGAGCUUUUGCUGCGAGCACCAUUUUUACCCGGUGAAUCUGACUUGGAUCAGCUCACCAAGAUAUUUCAAACUCUUGGUACUCCAACAGAAGAAACUUGGCCGGGAAUGAACGAAUUAUCAGAUUUCAUUCAAUUCAAACCCUUUCCCGCCAUGCCAUUGAAGCACAUAUUUACCGCGGCCGGCGAUGAUCUUCUGGAUUUGAUCGGCUGUUUAUUGAACGUGAAUCCUCAGGAAAGAUGCUCGUGCGAUGAAGCAUUGCAGAUGCCGUUUUUCAGCAAUAGGCCUGCGCCCACGCCCGGACCUAAUCUACCACUUCCUAUGAAUGUCAAACGUGUACCUGAAGAAAGACCUAGUCUAAAAAGGAAAUUGCUGGAAUCCAUGGAAGGUGCUUCUCUGGCCAAAAAGUUGCAAUUUUAACGGUUACUUCUGUUAGGACAAGUGAAUGAAAUCUGAAAUUUGCUAGAUAUAUAUCAGCGACAAAAUUGUGGCAUAUUGAAGUAAUACAAAACUUUUUUAUUGUGAUACUGUAUGCUCAGACAAUAUAUCGUUUGAUUGCAAUUAAAAUUUCAGUUAGUUACUAAAAAGUUACUAAAGUCAACAUCUUCUUAAUUUUCUUUAUAUAAUCUGGUUUACACAUUGCCAUGUGAAACCACACUCAAUGUGAAACCUUCUGAAAAAUGUUUGAGUUUGAAGUGCAAAAGAAGUGAUCGCGAAACAGUAUUAAUAUUAUCGAUCAGAUUGUCUUUCCAGACAAGAUUCUUUACGAUAAUGGCACGAUGUUUGCAUAGCUAAAUGCAAAUUCGCUGAUGUGCAUACGACGUUAUCGAUGGACUAGUGACUUUUGAGAUACAGAACUAAAAACAGAAUGUACGAUAUUAACAAAAGAAUUUCUAAAAUUUGCUUAAUUUUUCGAAUGAGCGGCAAUUUUUUUACAUCGAAAUUAAUUUGCAUCAAAUUUUCUUAAACUCUUGUGAUUUUAUCCGGUGCAAAAUUUGUGUGAAUUAAUAAUGCUCAAGGAAUUGAAAAUUGUUCUAAUUUACGAUUCGUGCAUUCCUGUCCUCCGAGUUCCAUUAUGUACUUUAUGGUUAUACAUAAGUGUACGUAUUGUAAGUGAACAAGUGUAAGUCAUUUAUAUUUCAACGAAAGUAAAGAGAAUUUUAGUACAAGAUUAUUCUCGUUAAUUUAUUACGUUAAUGUACAUGUCAACAACAUAUAUAUGAGUUGUGGCCGCGUUUUAGAUUCGGCAGAAUUGGAAGAAAUCGAGAACCUUCGUCAAAUUCCAUUCACUAUAUACACCAUAAACACAGAAAUACCUUAAAUUUGCCGAUGAAGGCCUUGCGAAGAGUGGACGAAAUUAUUUUUUCACAUACCCUCCCCUCCUACGAAUUAACUUGAAUCCGUUUGUUCACGGUCGCGACUCAAUCUGAGAAUUGAUUUUGCAUCUGGAUUUGAAACAAUCGAAAUGUUGUUUCUAAAUCUCGCAACUGAAACAAGUUCUCAGGUCGAGUCGCGAAUACCUUUUUUUGUUUAAAAGUGUGACAAGCGCGUCGAGAGAUACUUGCAAUUAAUUCAUGAUGCGUUCUGUGUGCACCUCGUUCUUCGUCGCACGCGAGCGCACAAGAUCCUGUGUAUAAAAUAAAAUAAACCUCACGAUUAACGUGAUGCGAGGUACAUUUUACAGAGAUUAUAGCCAUCAAAUUGAUAUUUAUAAAUAUAUAUAUGUAUAUAUAUAUGUACAAAUAUACAUCAUUCGUAAGAUUACUUCAGUAUGUGACAAAGCACGUUUUUUAUUUACACGUUUCUUUCAUGCAUGUCAGCUAUGUUACAAUUGUUACAGGUAUUUAUAUAUAUACCUUCGUCUUAAAACCAACGGUCUCGUAAACGGUCGUGAAAAUAACGGAUAAACAAGCGCGCGAGGAGAAAAACCUUUUUUUUCUUUUUUUUUCUUUAGAAAAACGGAUAUUUAUUAAUAAAUUGUAAUUAGGAAUAAUCUCACCGUGAAUGAAAGCACCGCGCGAAGUGUGCUGUAAAUUAUGAUAAAUUCGCGUUAGAACGUAUCGUACUGUGGUCCCUUUCAUUCGAAUUGAACUAUAUAAGUAAUACCCCUAUACAAUGUAUAAUAUAUUUUGUUCGUAUAACACACAGUUAACUGUUUCUAAUUAUGUUAAUUACGUAUGCAUAUUAACAUUGCACAACAUUGUCGAAAUUGUCGCGGAAAAUCAAUGGAAAAGCACAUGUGACAUUCGUUAUGUUCAAAUGAAAAACUAAAAUCUCGGCAACCAAUGUGGUUUUCAAGUGAGAAAUAAAAAGCAUCGUGUUCGCUUAUGUGUUACAGGAUGACGACGUGUAACGUUUUAAGGCAGCAUGUUGAAAUCUACACAGAGAAAUGAUGCGAAAUAUGAACAUACGGAUUUUUUUUUUGCUAUUUACCUAUAUACGUUAUUUGCGCUCGCUGUGAGAAAGUUGUUGCUUUGUGAAAACAAACGUGAUCGCAGGGAGAAAAUUCGGCCAGUGUGUUAAAAUCAACACUUGAAUACAUUAACAGAAUCACCGUGUGAAUAAAAUUAACAGAAUUAUUUUGUGUGUCUGAUAAUGCGUUUUCUCAAAAACAACUAAGAGUUUUUUUUACAAGAGAGAUUAAGUGUGCCACUACUCGGUAUCACGAUUACUUUUCUAUUUUGCUGUCUACGUAUAUUAUAUAACAUACAUAUUUAUAUAAUUUUGCGAUUUUGCGAUAGUAGACUUCAUUAGCGCGUACAUNUUUUUUUUUUUUUUUUUUUUUUUUUUUUUUUUUUGGAUAAGGAACAUCUUAAAUUUUAAUAUUGAUUUGCGUAGAAAAACCGCGCGCUCACUGCAUGUGGCUCUAUCACGAAAACAAAUUAGUCAAUACUUGCAAAUAAUUUAAAAAGAAACAAAGCUUGUGUUGCUCUAUAACAAUGUAACAAAUUAAAUGACUGAAAAGAGAAUAAAUUGUUUAUUCCAAGGAAAACAUAUGUAAACUAUGACGAAAAUACAAAUGCUCGUUGCAAUCGCGCAUCAUGCACGUUUGCAUUAUAUUAAAUUGUAUUAUUGUCGCACUAGAGCACGCUGUAAAAGAAAUAAAAAUCGUAUCGUCCCGAGGAAAUGUUCACACGAAAAAUUGUGCUUUCUUUUCCAAUUAAGUGUUUUUAUACACAAUCAAAUAAGCAGAGCACAUGCAGCAGACCGAUGUACAUACUUUGCUUCCAAAUUUGAUUUGAUCUUGACUUGUAACAUACAUAUAACAAUUUAUAUGUGCAACUAACAAUAUAUUUUUAUGACUAUACGUUAUAACUCUUAUUCGCCUUAGAUUAUUAAGAAACCACAUCAAUAUUACUUCCCCCGAGAUUUUCAAACAACAUCUGUAUGUCUCCCCAUCUUUCCACACGCGAUAAAAAAAAAAAAAAAAAAAAAA